GAAAGUUCUGGUCCAUAAAUAAGAAGCAGUCGCAACCUCACACAGCCUUCCACACUCUGACUUCCAGGCCCCUGCACACUGCACGCCUGUGGCAUCCCAACUCCCAGCCAACCUCAGCCUCACGCAGUCUCCUGCCGAAGCUCAGAGACACUCACACGCACACUCUGCUCUCGCUGUCCGUCAGCCUCCGCUCACCCUCCAUGGCGUCCCCUGCAGCCGCACUGCUGGCCGUCAGCCUGCUGGUCCUGUGGGCCUCCCCGGCUCAGGGUGGUGCCAACGAUGCAGAAGACUGCUGCCUGUCUGUGGCCCUGACCCGCAUCCCUGGGAAUAUCGUGAGAGACUUUCGGUACCUCCACAUCCAGGAUGGCUGCCGAGUGCCCGCUGUCUUGUUCACCACCAAGAGAGGUCGCAAGCUUUGCGCGCCGCCAGACCAGCCCUGGGUGAACCGCAUCAUCCACAGACUGCUGAGGAAAUCUGCCAAGAGCAAGGGCCACAGCAGUUAGCCCCUGAGCCUCCCAGGAAGCCCUGCGAAUGGGUGAAGGGAUGUGAAUCGCUGCCGUCCAGAAGACCCAAGGACCAGAAGAGAGAACCUCAGCUCCUCUGCACCGGACCUGACAAAGCCGGGCAGGGCCUGGAGUGUCGUGUGAGUGAGUGUGAGUGUGAGUGUGAGUGUGAGUGUGAGUGUGAGAGGGUGAGUGGCAGGAGCACAGUUUCUCCACACCCAGACUGCAAUGCUUCCAAUAAAGCCCACUGGCACC